CCUUCCUCUCCGGGCUCUUCUUUGGCCCUUUCCAUCUCUUCCCUCUCAUAACUCUCCUUUGGCAGUCCUCGAUUCGAGGAGGAUUGGGAGGCGAUUUCCGGCCUUAAGCAGGGAUCGCCAAGCGGUUUGAACGGCGGAGAUCUCCGCAGAAGAAUCUUGACGAGGGCCGUCAAAAAGGAGAGUUAGCGAUGGAGCAUGAUGAGACAGGAUGCCAAGCCCGUGAAGGACCAAUCCUUUGCAUCAACAACUGUGGUUUCUUUGGAAGUGCGGCAACCAUGAACAUGUGCUCCAAGUGCCACAAGGAGAUGAUUCAGAAGCAGGAACGGGCCAAGAUGGCAGCAUCCUCGAUCGACAGUCUUGUGAAUGGCAGCAGCAGUGGUAGCGGAAAAGAGCAUGUUGUGUCUGGGAAUGCUGAUGUAGCUGUUGUCUCUGUGGAGCCUAAGAUGAUUUCAGCACAGACAUCUAAUGCUUCAGGCUUGACCGAAGCUGGAGAAGCAAAGGCAAAGGAGGGCCCUAACAGGUGUGGCACUUGUAGGAAACGGGUUGGUCUGACUGGCUUCAGUUGUCGGUGUGGGAACCUUUUCUGCGCUGUGCACCGCUAUUCGGAUAAGCAUGACUGCCCAUUCGAUUACCGAAAGGCAGCGCAGGAUGCUAUUGCCAAAGCAAACCCUGUCGUUAAGGCUGAAAAGCUUGACAAGAUCUAGAGCUAUGGGGUGAAGCUUAACGAACUCUGGUCCAAUGAUCUCGACAUUAUCAUGCCUUUUCUUUCACUCAGCUGGUUCUUGGUGUCCUUUGAUGCUAUAAAUGGCUGGAUCACCGAUGCAUAGGGCAUCCUUACAGCUUCAUGAACUCUAUUUUGUUGGUUGGAAAAGGUCUCCAUGUUGGUUCUGCUGCAUAAACUUUAAUAUGUGCUGCUUUGGUGGUUCUGUCGUCUAAUGCUUCAAUUAGGUUUGUUUCUGACUUGGUUGUCAUGAUACAUUCUAUGGACGGUAGUAAUAAUCAAAUAGUGCAUGGAUUCAUGUCAAAAGUCAUAUAUUUGUUUCAUCUUA